AUGUACAUUGUAAAGAAUACAUUUCUUAAUAUUACAUAUGCAACUUUAGAUCAUGUUCCACCAUUCUUUUGGAAUUUAUUACAUGUAAUAGCUGAUAUUAUUUAUUUUUGGUACUAUAAAUUAUUAAAUUAUUUAAGACCAAAAUCUCGUACAGUUUAUUACGAAGCUAUACAAAAAUUAGAUGUCUGUGAAUCUUAUGAACAAUGGCAAGAAACUGCAGCAAAAGUUGAUGAUAUUACAGGUGCAAAUUUAUGGAGAAGAAAUUUUUUUUCAAGACGUUAUGAUUUUAAUUCAGUUUUAGAACAAUAUUCAAUUUUAGUCAAAGCUGUUGAAAGUAAUGAUUAUGAUACAGUUAAAGAAAAAUGUUCUACAACAGGUCCAUGCAUGCUAAGAAAUUUUGCAGGUAUUGCAGAUAAAAGAUUAUUUACAAAAUCUUUGUUAGGUACAAAACUUUUAAUUGAACAAUAUCUUGAAAGAACUGUUCAAGGCUUAACUAUGUUAAAUACACAAACUUUAACUCCAACUUCUUUUUAUCAAAGAUGUAAAUUUUCAUUAGGAACUACUGCUUUAGUAUUACAAGGUGGCUCGUUAUUUGGAUUAUUUCAUUUAGGUGUAAUUAAAGGUUUAUUAUCACAAGGUUUAUUACCAAAUAUUAUUAGUGCAAGUUCAAUGGGUGCAUGUGUAGCUGCUGUCUUUGGAUGUUUAUCAAAUGAAGAGAUGUCAGAGUUGCUGGACGACGAUGGGAUUCUUAAUAUAAUUAAAGAUGAUCCAGAAUUAUUAAAAUUAUGUGGUUAUGGAAAUGUUGAACAACAUUUAAAUUUAGGUACAUUAAUUCAAAAUCUAAUUCAUCAUGGUUAUUCACAAGAUGUUUAUUUAUUCAUGCAAUUUGUUCUUAAAUAUGUUGUUAAAGACAUAACUUUUGAAGAAGCUUAUCAAAAGACUCAUAAAAUAUUUAAUGUGGUAAUACAUCCAACUGAUACUUCAUGUCCAAAUUUAUUAAAUUACGUUACAACACCAAAUGUUUUAAUACGAUCUGCUGUAAUGUGUAGUCUUGGUUCAGAUAUUGUCUCUAAUGAUACUACUUUAUUAUGCAAAAAUUUAGAUAAUGACAUUGUACCAUUUUUAACAAUUGAAAAAUUUAAACAUAUUAAAUUUUUAGCACCAGAAAAUUCAAUAAACCCAACACCAAAUGAUAAUGAUAAUCCAUAUACAAGAUUAACAGAAUUAUUUAAUGUUAAUAAUUUUGUUGUUUCAUUAGCAAGGCCCUAUUUGGCACCAUUUGUUGUUAAUGAUUUAAAACAUGAAAUCAAAACUUCAAAAUAUUAUUAUUAUAAAAAUUAUCCAGAUACAAAAAAUAAUAUCUUAGAGACAUUACCUGAUAUUGGUAUCUCUCAAAUAAAUUUUAUAGAGAUGGAACCUCUUGCUUUUAAGUUCAAGUACCAUUUAGAGAGAAAAUUGAAAAAUAUAUUAACAAUGGAAUUUUAUCAUCGAAUGCAAGUCUUGGAUAACUUAGGAUUAUUAAGUUCAUGGGUGAAAAGAUUAAUUAUUGAUGAACGAACUCCGCGAAGUGCUGUUGAGAUUGCUAUUGUACCUAAUAUAAAAUCAUUAUCUCUAACAAGAAUUGUUGAAGGUCAGUUAGAUAAUAUUAAAUUUUGGAUUAAUAGUGGUGAAAGAAGUACAUGGCCUAUCCUAUCGUUAAUCAAGACAAGAUGUUCUGUAGAGUUUAAGUUAGAUGAGAUAAUAAAGGACAGAAAAUCUAAACAAUAG